CCCGAGUCGACACACAUGUCGCACUUGUCGGUACGGCGUCGUGGCGGCGAGAGAACGUCUACAAAACAGCAACACUCUCGCGCCGGCGAAGACUGUGACGUUGUCGAGAGCGAGCCCCUCCUUUCGGUCGCUGAUCAGCUGACCGAGGAGGAAGCCCGUUGCUGGGAGGAGAGCGGCGAAGAGUGCGGGGACUCGGCUGAGGUCGGUUAUUCGGCGCCGGGAGUGCCAGGAGCGCGGAGGCAGCGGCAGCAGCACCAUUGGCAGCGGCUGUUUCGGAUCUCGCGCGACGUUCCCGAGCCGGUUGGCGGGCGCGGAUUGGUUUCUGGCGCGGGGCACGUGGCACGCGGCGGUAGCGGGCACGACGGAGCGCGGGAAGCGGUCGGCAGCCAGUUCCAUCGAUCGGCGGCCGGGAGCCGGGACGGGCCCGUUACCGGCGCAGCGAGCACCAGCGUCGAAAACGACGGCACGCGAGACGGCCGACGACAGGAGCCCAGCCGCCGCGCGGGGGGCCCGCCGCUGUCCAUGAGUCCCAGCACGGAGUACCUGGACAUGGACAAGAACGACGACGUCGCGCACAAGAACCGAGGCAUGUACGUGUCCCACAAAUGCAUCGCCAUAUGCGUCAUCCUGGUCGUGGCGGCACUGGCCAUCGUCGGCAUCACCACCAAACUGCUCACCGAAAAGGGCGAGUCUGGAACUGCCAAGCCCGCCGAGCCGAUCAAGCCCGUGCCUCCACUUCCGAAGAACGUUCGCCUACCGCGGUCUCUGGUGCCCGUGCACUACGACGUCGAGCUGACGCCUAGACUAGAUGGGAAGUUCACGUUCAACGGAUCCGUGGCAAUCCUCGUGCGCUGUGUGCUGGAGACUUGGAACGUGACGUUGCACAUCAAGGACCUCAACGUGUCGGACGUGUCCGUGAGCGAGUCGAACGCCGCCGGUGGUUCCCGCGUGGAACAUGACAGCUACGACGAAGACAAGCACCUGCAGUUCCUCAUUAUCAAGCUUAAGAGGCCGCUCGCCGUGGGGGCCAACUACACCGUCAGGAUGAACUUUGUCGGCCUCUUGAACGACGAUCUGGCGGGAUUCUACCGGAGCUCGUACGUGGACGCUUCGGGACACAAGAGGUGGCUGGCGACGACACAGUUCCAAGCGACGGACGCCCGCCGGGCGUUUCCUUGUUUCGACGAACCGGCCAUGAAGGCCACCUUCGCCGUCACCAUCGUUCGACCGACUAACAUGAAGGCACUAUCCAACAUGCCUAUCAACACCACCACAAAUAGGCCUAAUGGUCUACAGGCGGAUGCUUUCCAGACUACUGUGCGUAUGUCUACUUACUUGCUGGCGUUCGUGGUGAGCGACUUCGAGUCUCGGGGCGACGACAAGUUCAGGGUAUGGGCCCGGCCAAACGCCAUCUCGGCCGUGGACUAUUCGUUAUCAAUUGGUCCGAAGAUCUUGGAAUUCUACGAAAAGUACUUCUCGGAAAAGUAUCCACUCCCAAAGACUGACAUGGUGGCAGUGCCGGACUUUAAUGCUGGCGCCAUGGAGAAUUGGGGACUGGUCACCUUCCGAGAGACGGCCCUACUCUUCAACCCGAACGAGUCGUCGGCCGGAAACAAGCAGCGCGUCGCCGUCGUCGUGUCACAUGAACUCGCACAUCAGUGGUUUGGAAACCUAGUUACCAUGGAGUGGUGGGACGACCUGUGGCUCAAUGAAGGAUUCGCCACCUACGUUGAGUACCUGGGCGUGGAUUUCGUUCACAAGGACUGGGAGAUGGCACAACAGUUCAUCGCCGAAGAACUGCAGCCAGUGAUGGAGCUCGACUCCCUCAAGUCGUCGCACCCUGUCUCGGUUCCGGUCUACAACCCCGACGAAAUUAUCGAAAACUUUGACAAGAUAUCGUACGGAAAGGGGGCGUCCAUAAUUCGUAUGAUGAACUUCUUCCUCACGGAACCGGUCUUCAGGAAAGGUGUCUCGAACUACCUGAAGAAACGCUCUUUCAGCAAUGCCCGGCAGGAUGAUCUUUGGACGGAGCUCACGAUGGCUCAAAACGAAAGCAACCGCGUGGACGUCAAGACUGUGAUGGAUUCGUGGACUCUCCAGACGGGCUACCCGGUCAUCACCGUAAACAGGUCGUACGAGAGUGGCUCGGCAAACAUAUCGCAAGAGCGCUUCCUGGUCGACGGCACCAAGGACAACACGACGCUGUGGAAAGUACCUUUCACCUACACCGAUGCCAGGAGUCCCAACUGGAAUGCGACAGAACCCAAGCUGUGGUUUAAUAACAAGACAGCCGUUAUCACGGAUCUGCCUACAUCAAGAUCCGAUUGGUUCAUUGCGAACGUGCAAGAAGUGGGAUUCUACAAGGUCAACUAUGACGAGCUAAACUGGAAGCUGCUGAUUAAGCAGCUCAUGGAAAAACAUACGGACAUUCACGUCAUUAACAGGGCUCAACUACUGGACGACAUUCUGGAUCUGGCAAGGGCUGGCACCGUCGACUAUGGCUUGGCUCUGGACGCGACGCAAUACCUGGCAAAGGAAGAGUCGUACAUCGCCUGGAGCCCCAUCGCCUGGAAUCUAAAUUUCAUCAGCCGCAUGCUAGAAACUACUGAAGUUUACGGAAAGUGGAAGAAAUACAUGCUCAGCCUUGUGAAGCCAAACUACGACCGCCUCACGUGGAACGAGGAAGAAGGAGAAUCCAUCCUCACUACGUUCCUGCGCAGCGAAAUGUAUGCGACGGCGUGCGAGUUGGACCACGAGGACUGCGUCAAGGAGGCGCUCAACUACUUCCGCACCUGGAAGGAGAGCAAGGCGGAGAAAAGCCCCAUCAAACCCAACUUCCGCUCCUUUGUGUACUGCACGGCGAUCGCGAACGGCAACUACGAUGACUGGCUGUUCAUGUGGGACAUGUACAACAAGACCUCCGUGGCCUCGGAGAAAGUGAAGCAGCUGCAAAGCUUGGCCUGUUCCAGGGAACCAUGGGUCCUCAACAGUUUCCUGAUGAAGACGAUCACGCCCGACUCCGGCGUUCGCCGCCAGGACGGCGGGGCGGUCAUCAGUGCAGUCGCUUCCACUGUCUUCGGUCGCAGCCUCCUCUUCAACUUCUUGCUCGAGAACUGGGAAGCCAUCUACAAGACCUAUUCCGCCGGCGCAUUCUCUCUUCCUCGCAUCUUCGGUGCAGCCAGUGGCUCGAUACAUUCACGCUUCCAGCUGGAGAUGCUCGGCGUGUUCUACGAGAAGCACAAGGCGAGUGUGUCGGCGGUGGGCCGGACCUACAAGCAGACCGUCGAGAAGGCUGAGUCCAACAUUCGCUGGAAGGAGAAGAACUACGCCCGGAUACGGGACUGGCUGAACGAGAAAAUAAAGUAGCCGCCCAGCCUCGCUUAGGCAUCCUAGGUUAUACCAAAUUGAUAAAACUGAGAUGCGCUUUCUUUUUUUUUUCUUCAUUUGAUGCCGUAGACAUCCAUUCGUCCGGCCGAAUUUUGUGCAGCUAAACGGAGUUCUUAUAUUGAAGACUAUGUCUGCUGCCCUUCAGUCCUCUGUACAUUACUUGAAUUGCCCCGCGAAAAAUUCCUACGGUUGCGUUCCUCGGUUCUGGUUUGCAGUUGAGGAUUGUGCCGGGUGCGUUGAGCGAUUGUGCACAUUGUUCCGCAAGUAGUGCUGCCUGAACGCUCCUCGUAUUUUCAUUUUUUUUCCCCUCUGUGCGCAUGCUGACCAAUA